CGUCGUACAUGUUCGAUUGAGUAUCCAGUUAUUCAGUUUCCACUGAGUUUUCGUUAUUCACUAUGAAAUCACUAAAACUCUUCAAUUCCAAACCCUUCAGACGCUCAACUCUGAAUUCACUCUCGCAUUCUUCUUCUUCUUCUUCUGCUUCUUCUUCUUCUUCUUCUCUCUCCCAACCCCAAACACCCUCUUUCUCCAUUUCCACCACCGUCCCACCAAUCACCCAAUCCAUACUCCUUCAUUCACUAAAAUCUUCUCAGUGGCAUUUCAUCAAACAAGUUGCGCCUCACCUCACUCCUUCCCUUCUCUCUUCCACUCUAACCACCCUUCACCGAAACCCCCAACUUGUUCUUCACCUUCUAUCACACCUUCACAGCCACCCUCACUGCCUUGACCUCACUACCCGUUGCCUCGCCGUCUGCAUUCUCUAUCGCCUUCCAUCCCCCAAACCUUCCCUUCAGCUCUUGCACCAACUCAUUCACUCUGCCACUGCCACCAACAUAAUCAUUUUUGAUGAAUUGGCACGUGCCCGCGAUCGUUUGAAUGCCAAGACAACCGUCGUCUUUGAUUUUCUGAUCAGGGCUUACUGUGAACUCAAGAGGCCCAAUGAGGCUUUGGAGUGUUUCUACUUGAUGAAGGAAAACGGUGCUGUGCCCAACAUUGAGACUUGCAAUCAAAUGUUGACUCUGUUCUUGAAAUUGAACCGGACUCAGAUGGCUUGGGCUCUGUAUGCAGAAAUGUUUAGGAUGAAUAUCAGAUCCAAUAUGUACACUUUUAACAUAAUGAUUAAUGUGUUGUGUAAAGAAGGGAAGUUGAAGAAGGCAAAUGAGUUUAUUGGGGACAUGGAGUCUCUUGGGGUAAAGCCUAAUGUUGUUACCUAUAACACUGUUAUACAUGGAUACUGUUUGAGAGGCAAGUUCCAAGGGGCUCGCGCCAUUUUUCGAACAAUGAAAGAUAAAGGGUUUGAGCCUGAUAGCUACACUUACAAUUCUUUUAUUUCUGGGAUGUGUAGAGAAGGAAGGCUUGAGGAGGCAUCUGAUUUAUUUUCUACAAUGUUAGAAAAUGGCUUGGUUCCAAAUGUAGUUACAUAUAAUGCAUUGAUUGAUGGAUACUGCAAUAAAGGCGAUUUGGUUAAGGCUUUUGCCUACAGGGAUGAGAUGAUAAGUAAUGGCGUAAUGGUAUCUCUGGUCACCUACAAUUUGUUUAUUCAUGCGCUGUUUAUGGAAGGAAAGAUGGGGGAAGCUGAUAAAAUGAUCCAAGAAAUGCGAGAAAAAGGAAUGAUGCCUGAUGCUGUUACGUAUAACAUAUUGAUUAAUGGGUAUUGCAGAUGUGGGGAUGCAAAGAGAGCUUUCAACCUUUUUGAUGAAAUGGUGAGGAAAGGGAUUCGACCAACACUGGUAACAUACACGUCGCUUGUAUAUGUUCUGGGUAAAAGGAAUAGAAUGAAAGAGGCAGAUGCCUUGUUUAAGGAGAUUCAACAAGAAGGUCUGUUGCCAGAUAUCAUAAUGUUUAAUGCGUUGAUCGGUGGUCACUGUGCAAAUGGUAAUAUUGAUCAUGCAUUGCAACUCUUAAAAGAGAUGGAUAGCAUGAAGGUUCUUCCUGAUGAAAUCACUUAUAACACCUUGAUGCAAGGAUACUGCAGGGAGGGGAAAGUGGAAGAAGCUCGGCAACUUCUUGAUGAGAUGAAGAGAAGAGGGAUCAAACCCGAUCAUAUUAGUUACAAUACAAUUAUUAGUGGCUACAGUAAAAGAGGUGAUAUGAAGGAUGCUUUUAGAGUCCGAGAUGAAAUGUUGACUAUAGGAUUUAAUCCUACAAUUCUCACUUACAAUGCUCUUAUACAAGGUCUGUGCAAAAACCGAGAAGGUGAGCAUGCUGAAGAGCUCCUCAAAGAGAUGGUGAGUAAAGGCAUUACUCCUGAUGACAGCACCUACCUGUCGAUAAUUGAAGCGAUGAAGAAUGUUGAUGAUGACCUGGUGGGAAAUGAUGAUGAAUGAAUUUGUUCUUGUUUUCACUUAACUGAAAGUGAAUGGAAAAAGGGCUGUAAUAGAAGAAAAUAGAUUAUUUUGGGACUCUGGAAACUUCUAUCUUCGGAGUUUGAACACAAGCAUCUCAGCAUUUUUUAUUCUACAAGCUGUGUAUCACCAAGCAAACGUGUGCCGGUAUAUGAAGAACAAGUUAAUGGAGUUCUGAAAAACUAAAAUUUUCCUUAGCUCAUAUCUUUUGUAAUAAGAUUAUAAUUUUUAUUAUUUCGAUAGUUUUAUUUUAGUUUUUGUACCAUAUGUUAGCUUUUAUUUUUAUUUCAGUUUUCUCAAAACCAAAGGCAAUUACUUUUAAUGGUCUCAAGAGAACCUACUGCAAGUUCAAACAUUGCCUCCUUAUUUUAAACUUCAAAUACAGUACCAUCUCAUUUAUCGUACCUCUUAGUGUUAUACCCUUUUGUAUUUCCUUUGGUAGAAUGACUUUGAUAUGAUAGACGAGAAAUUUGUUUAAUGUGAUUUUAUUGAUAUUAUAUAUUCUAUAGUAACAAUCUAAU